GUGAGAUAGAACAAUGCGAUAUAUUCAUAGGGACUCUACAUGUCGAGAGAAGAGAGUUUGUUAUGGAGAACAUGCCCACUAAAGGGGUGACGUUCGCUCAGACAAGGGCAUUGGCUUUGCAGACUGGGGGACCGGAUGCCAAAGCUCAUCUACUUGAGGUGUUGGAGAAACUAGGGAAAGGAGUACCCGGAAGUCAUUUAGAAAAACAAUUCGGUGAUGAGGAUGGAAGAGAGUUCAUGUCGCCUGAUAAAGGUAAAAGUAUCAGGUUUGAGGAGAACCGGAAUACUGAAGAGAAUGAGGAGGAAAAUACACUCUGCCGAACUUCUACGGAGAUGAAUAUUGGCAUUAAAGCGAGGACAGCGGAAGAGCCAGAGCAGGGAGAGUUUUGGGUAUCAAGUAUCCGGUUUGAGGAGGACCCAAACCCGAAUGAUAGUUUGACGGUUGGGGUUUCCAGUAUUCGGUUCGAGAGUUGCGAGGAGGAUUCUGAUGCUGCUCUAGUGUGUGCUAAGAAAGUGAGUGAGGAAUCAGAUGAAAAUGAAGCCGAUAAUACUAGCCUUGAUAAUAAAGUAUCGCCGAGGGGCGAAGGACCGAAGGUUAUUCAGGAAACAUGGGUAGAUCGAACCAUGACAAUGAAGAUGAUAACGAUAGAUGAAGAACACAAAGACUUGAAAAGUGUUGAAGAUGCCCAAGACGAGUUGAUAGGGGAUCAAUAUGGAAAAGAUCUCCUCGGCGAAGUUUUGGGCGCAGAAAUUUCACAAGCAUUUGAAGUCAUGAAUGAGCUGGACGAUAACUAUGGACUUACUCGACUGUUUGAGACCGUCGAGCCAGACGACAUCUAUGGGCUUGUUCGACUGUUUGAGACCGUCGAGUCUGACGGCAGAUAUGAGCUUGCUCAAUUAUUUGAGACCGUCGAGUCGGACGUCAGCUAUGAGCUGACUCAACUGUUUGAGAACCCCGAUCUGGACACGAGUUGUAAGCUUGCCCAGCCAUUUGAGUCUGUAGACCCGGAUGUCGGCUACAAGCUGGCUCAAUUUUUCGAGACUGUCGAGUCGGACGUCAGCAAUGAGCUGGCACAACUGUUUGGGGCCAUCGAACAUGAUGACGAUUACGACUUAGCUCAAGUUUUUUAUGCCUUCGAACCGGAUAUCGACUAUGGGCUUACCCAACUGUUUGAGGCCGUCGAUAAGUAUGAAAACGAUGUUGAGAACUCUCUCAAGACAACAAUGGGCCGUAAUCUGGCAACUACGAAAGAUAUCGAGGACUCCCGAAUGGAUCAAUGCAAGUUAAUAAGUCUGAUGUGAUGAGUAUUGGUGGUGAAUUC